UGCUGAAGUGGAGUCGGGACUGUUCGGACUUGAAAUAGUUCCAGGCGUGAAUUUGAGGUGGAAAUGUAAUUUAAAUGAGGCGAAGGGUUGACUUGUGCUCGGAGUGGAUUUGAUCCUGAUUUGGGGUGGCAUGUAGUGGGGGGCUUGCUGUGUUGCUGGCGGAGAGCUGACUGCUGAAAGUCGGUGACUCGCAAUCAUUAAUUCAUUCCUCUCCUCCCUUUCCUCUGGCGAGGAACGCAACCCAUGAGAGCGGGUUGAGUCAGCAGCACAUGAGGCCGCUGUAAAUAACCCGGCCCCCGGCACAAGGCACCCAGACUGGGAGAGAAGUCCGGGGGCCACGGACGGGAAGGAGGAGGCGACGCGGACAAAAAAAACACCCAACACCCUCCAGAAUCAAAAAAUUAACUAACAGGAAGGAGAAAAAUAUCAGAUUAGAGAAACUUGUGGCGUCUGGUUGCAGCCGCCGAGCCGACUGAAAGCGGAAAACGAAGUCAAACGCCGGAGCAAAGCGGAUGGUAACAGACUGGACCGUGGCCAAGCCCGAGCCUGAAGCCGGAGCCGGUCCGGGGCCGAACGCAAAGCCCAGCUCGAAGUAGGGAUCCGCUGCGGAAGCGCAGCGGGGCCUCGCUCGCUCGGCGCAGGGCAGCGAGGGGUGGGGAGCGGGCUCUCGGCCUCCCUCCCUCCGGUUAUUGUUCCCGUCGCCGCCGUUUCUCACAAAGUUUGGCAACAGCGUUCCCACCGACUCCGGGCUGCCCGUCGUCCGCGGCCUCCUGCUUCUCGCCCCGGCCGCCGCCUGCGGGCCCUUGGCCGCUUCCCUGCCCCCACUUUCCGCGGCCCUUCCUGCGCCUCCUCCCGCUGCUCUCCCCGAGGGCACCAGAUGCCGAUCGCCUCGCCUUCGCACUCGGCUCAGGAGCCCUGUCUCUACCCGCGGCUUCGGGCCGGGCCGUCACCGCCCAAAGACAGCGGUGACCGCAGCCACGACCAAGGGGCACCGGUCGAGCAGCCACGGCCCCCGAGUAAUCCGGACCCGAGCGGGGGCCCGGCAUCCGAGGUGUUGGUGCGGCAGGAGCCGUGGGAGCGGGGCGCGGGCAGGUUCUCCACCACCGCCCCGCACCAUUUGCUGGAAGCUCCUCGGACGCGGUCCAGAUCCAGGUCGGGACUCGGCGGCAGCAGCACAAAUCCGCCUUACUGCAGCCAACCGAGGGCAGGCGGCCUCCAGCCGCAGGCUGGCUGCCAGAGCCACGGUGACAACCCAGCCAUGGGGCAUGGAGCCGCGGGCAUGGCGGCAGGAGCGACUAGACCGGCAGGUGGCAUGGAUCCUUCCUUUCAGUAUCACCCAAGUCCUCAUGACCUACCUUUCAUUGAAGAUAGUGAUAAGAGUGAAGAAAGCCCAAGUCCCAAACGUCAGCGCCUCUCUCAUUCGUUCUUUGAAUACGCACCAGUAUCUCCUGCCCCAUCGCCACCAAUGCGACCAUGGGAGAUGACUUCAAAUAGACGACCUCCCUCAGCUCGACCAAAUCAACAUCACUUCUCAGGGGAAAGAUGCAAUACACCUUCACGUAGUAGGAGGAGUCCUCCAGUUAGACGCCAACGAGGGAGACGUGAAAGACUAACUAGAAAUAGUUCUCUGAGCCAAGAUGAAAACUACCACCAUCAUCCUUAUGGACAACAGCCAACUGUGGAGGAACCCAGGGCAUUUCAUCCUCCAAACGUCUCUCCACGCAUGCUUCACCCUGCCGCACACCCUCCACAGCAGAAUGCGGUGGUGGUUGAUAUCCAUGAACAGAUUCAUCAAGGCACUGUUCCUGUCUCGUAUACUGUCACUACUGUAGCGCCACAUGGUAUUCCACUUUGCACAGGGCAGCACAUCCCAGCGUGUAACACACAAGUUCCGGGGUGUUCAGUUGUAUUUAGUGGACAGCAUUAUCCUGUGUGCAGUGUACCUCCUCCGAUGCUUCAGGCAUGUUCUGUACAACAUCUGCCAGUUUCGUAUGCUGCAUUUCCUCCUCUUAUCUCAAGUGAUCCCUUUAUAUUGCACCCUCCACAUCUGUCACCUCAUCAUCACCCUCAUGUACCACCUCCGGGUCAGUUUGUUCCUUUUCAAGCACAACAAUCACGGUCGCCUUUGCAAAGGAUAGAGAAUGAAGUGGAAUUACUGGGUGAACAUCUUCCUGUUAGUGGUUUCACUUAUCCUCCAUCACCACACCCACCUACCUUGCCUCCAUCUGCACCGCUCCAGUUCCUGCCACAUGAUCCACUUCACCAAGAGCUGCCCUUUGGAGUUCCGUAUCCUCAUUUCAUGCCUCGAAGACUGCCAGGACGCAGAUAUCGCUCACAGCAACCCUUACCACCUCCACCUUAUCAUCCCAGCUUCUUGCCAUAUUUCCUGUCAAUGCUUCCAGUGCCACCCACGGUGGGACCAGCUUUUAGUUUGGAAUUGGAUGUGGAGGAUGGUGAGGUGGAAAAUUAUGAGGCACUCCUUAACCUGGCAGAAAGACUGGGAGAAGCAAAACCACGGGGACUUUCAAAAGCAGACAUUGAACAACUUCCAUCAUAUAGAUUUAAUCCUAACAACCACCAGUCAGAGCAAACAUUAUGUGUUGUGUGCAUGUGUGAUUUUGAGUCAAGGCAACUACUUAGAGUCUUACCCUGCAACCAUGAGUUUCAUGCCAAGUGUGUCGAUAAAUGGUUGAAGGCAAAUCGUACAUGUCCAAUUUGUCGAGCUGAUGCAUCAGAAGUUCACCGUGAUUCGGAAUGAGACCAGCUUAGUAGCACAAAUUUGGGUUUUCCCUCUUGCAUAUGAAUGAACUAUCCAUUGAACAUGCCUAUUGUGGCUUCCAGCCUUCCCUUUACAUUAAGGGUCAUGAUGUGAUGCAGUUAUUUGACCUCCCUUUGCACUGUGUGAUUUAAUGAUUUAUAAAGCUUAUAUAGUCUUCACAUUGAACAAUUAUGGGAUUGUUAUACUAACAGUGUGAUUGGAACUCCAAAGAAUUUUUUUCUGCUUAAUUUGUGUGUGCACUAACAUUCCCUGUUUUUUUUGUGUGAUCAUUCCGGGUAUUGCUGCAGGAUUACAGUGGAUGUGAUCUUUUAGCAUGUGUGCUUUUAUAUAUUUAUACACACACAUGUAUAUGUGUGUGUAUUAUAUAUAUUAUAUAUAUAAAAAUAUAUAUAAAGGUAGUUCAACAAUUUUAGCAGUCUACCUUAUAGAGCCUUCAGGUACUGUGAGUGAGAGUGAUUGUAGGUGUGCAAGUAUUCUAGCCACAUGUACUUUGUCAAGAUGAACUUAAGUACUGGCAUGAUGUGAGUUGUAUGUGUGUAGUCUUAAUUAUGCUGAAAUAUAUAGUUGUUAUUUAUACAGUACUAGUACUGUACACUGGUUUGUUUCUUUCUGUUUGCAGUUGCACACUGUAAGUUAAGGGUGCAGCAAUUAUGAAAAUUUUAUCAGCCAGUUGCCCCUCAGUAUUGCAUAAUGGCAUAUUAAAAGAGCAUAUGAUAAAACACCCACAUCUAAAUGAAUAGCAAAAGAAGAUUUUGAUCUGUAAUAUGGUAUACAGUAUUGUAACCCAGACUACCAAAGUAGUAGAUGAGUGAAAUACUUUGCUGACCUGUGAUGUACAGUACAAUGAAUGUAAAUUGUGUAAGCAGAACGAUAGAGGGGUGUGGAAGCUGGGUGUUGUACAGUAUAAUAUGUUUCUGAAAAUAUUGGCCAGUCUAAUAAUAUGGGCCAUGCAUUGUGCAAAAUACUCCUAUAAAGCACCUUAAGACCUAACCUAGUUUUUUUUUCCCAGUUAUUUUGCUACCUUAAAUAAAAAGAAAAUAAAUUUCUCCACUUUCUGAUCGUAAUGAAUAUUUCCAUGUUGCAACCUGCUGCCUUUGGCUCCAACUUUCCACAGUAAUAUCAAAUAAAAUGUACUCCAUCUGAAGUAUUUUGGUUAUUUCUCUAGUCACUCCUCUAAAAUAAUUUUCUGUCAGGUUAAGCAGUUACUUUCCAGUAUCUACAAAUUAACGUCAGUAAAAUUAUUUAUAUGUAAGAGCCCAAGUCACAGAGCUUGGGACUUUCAUUUAAAAUUAGUAGGAAAGCGCUGAGCAGUUGUUAGGUCUAUAUGGUAACAAAUAUAAUCAACAGUUGAAGUAUUCAAAACAAUUUUUAGCAAAUUUUUUAAAACAAUAUUGCAGAAUUACUAUUUUUAUAGUAUUAAAUAGCUGCUGAAUAAUAACGUUUGGAGAAAUACUAAAGCAGACUUGGGUCGAAGAAAUUUUAUUUUUCUUUGAUCCUUCAAUAUUGUAAUGGACUCGGUCAUUUAAAUCUUUAUUGACUAUUCUUGUAGAUUUUUAACAUUUUUGCUAAUAAAAAUUGACUUAAUAUUUGAUUGAAACAAAGAUUGUAAUCAGUUGCUUUGGAAACUUUCAUUAUAGGAUGCAACUUGUGAUUUAUUGUAAUUAUUUAAUGGUCAAAUGUACACCAGACAAUUUAUGUUUUAGAUGAAUUGUUGGGAUGAAUUGAGAGUCUGGUGUUGCCACAGACCAGACCUGGCCUAUAAAUGUUUGUUACUUAUAAUGGGCACAGAAUAGGAACACAUUUUCAUUUCCUACCUGGUUAUUUUUUCCGGUCUUAAAAAAAAACUGAAACCAAUAUUUAUUUCUGGAUUUUGACAUUACAUGUAGUCAUAACUAAAUGCAGAUUUAUGGAUUUUGUGCAAGUACCUGAGUUCUUUUCUCCAAGCCUUUAUGGUGGAGUAUUAGUGUAAGAUAUACAAACAAAAUAUAAUCAAGUUACAAAUGCAUACCAGAUCCUAGCAACUGUUAUUACUUUUUCACAGAUUUGUUAAUGAUCUUGAUUUGAAGGUUGUUUCCUAAAGUUUAUCCAGUACUUCUAAACGGCCCAGACUUGGAAGCUUACAGAUGCUAUCAUUAUUACUAUUCAGUUACAUCUGUACAACAAAUACUUUUUUCAUCAUGACUUCCUCAUCAUGCCAAAUGCAAUGUGUAAUUCUUCAGUGGAAGCAAGAUGAGAAAAAGCAUAGCCAAAGAUUGUAAAUAUUGCAUGAAGAAUUUGUAAAUUAUAAUCAAGGUGAAUUAAAUUUCUGAAUAUUUAAAGUGUUCUGGACAAGUUUUUCUCCUUUAAAUUAUUUAAGGAUCAUGGAAGAGAAAUUGUGGAUAUGGGCCUUUUAGGAAUACUGGAUUUAAUAUUAUUCAGCCUACAAAGUAUUUGUGUAGUGAUAUUAACAUGCACAAUUUUAAAGCCAUAGCAUUUAGAUUGGAAACAUUUAAAACUUCAUGGCAUAAAUAGUUUUCAUUAGAACACUUAAAGAACAGAGUAACUUCUGUUCUUUCAAAAUGUAACUUCUACAUUUCUGAUUGAAAGAUCUUGAAUAGACCUUUAAAACAAAAUUGAAGUUUAGUUGAGAUUUUGGUUAGUGAUAGUGUACAUUCAUUACAGUAGUACCAAAUGUUCCAUGGCAUUAUACUAAAGGGCAUUUUUAGUGCCAUGCACCAGAAUGUACACAGACACUAUGUGACACUUUUUCCUUAGUAAGAUUACUAGUUCCUAAAAUUAUUUGUACCAGCUUCAAAUCAGGUUUAGUGCAUAUAAUGACCAGUAACUAUAAUGCUGAAACAGUUGCAGAUGCUGAACACAGCAUUAUUUGAAUGACAAUAUUUAGGUUAAUUACUGAUGUGCCAUCAUAAUUAAUUAAAACAAUCAUAUGUCAGAGUUAAUGAGAUAGGAUCAGAAUUUUUUUAUUUGGAGGGAAUAGCUUUCAUUUAAUUUGCAUAUGGAAAUUGGAGUUGGAAAGGAAGCAAAGUAACAGUUAGGUCUGGUUAUUGGCAAAGUUAAUUGUUGCACUCUUAAUACUUAACCACUUUUUAAAUGUUUCUUAUGUUUGCAUGGAGACUGUAGGGCAGAUGUGUGCAGACUUUGCUUUCUGUGGUCAGUGUGUUUAAGUACAUGUGCAUGUGAUUCAAACAAACUCAUACUGGCCGUAGCUGCUUCUGCCCAGCUGGGGUUGGUGUGGGUGGGAAUGGGGAUUCAUGCUGAGCUAUUACUGCCAUGAACCGUAAUGCGCAUUUAUGUAUUCAAUGCCACAGUCUGUAUGAUGUAAGAGAAGCAACAACUUGCAGUAGGAUUUGUUGUGUUGGUUAACCCCACAAGUAUUUAGUUUAUCAAUGUGUCUAGCUCAUCAUUUUAUGUUUUGCAUGAGUUUUUGGUGAACAGUUUAAAACUUAAGUUAAUUGUAAACAAAUCCCAAAGACCUAGUGAUAUCCCAGGUUUUGGUUAUUAUAUCAAAAAACCAACAGUGUAAAACUAGACUGUUAAAAUUCAGAAGGUUUGCCAUACUGAUCCUUUUUUUUUAAAAAAAAUACAAGUAUAUUCUAAAUUCAGCAAUAUUCAGUGCAAUGUCUUAAAGUGUCAUGUUGGAAUUGGGGUUUCAACAGCAGCCUGAAUUUCAAGGGGAAGCUAAACCUGAAGCACACACAAUCUGGGUCAUCCUUAGGUCUUAAUAGACAUUUUCUGAGUGGGAUCUUUCUUUGGUACAUAUACAGUUACCUCAUUUGCCACUAUAUAUUUAAAAGUUGCUGGUGAAUCAGUAAAAACAAAUUAAUUUUGUUGGAAACAUUUGAGCAUUUCAUUAAAUAAUUCAUAUAUUCUAUCAUUUAACAUGACAAGUAGUUUUCAGCAUUGUAUUAUAAAUCUAUCUGUAACCAAAUCAUUUGAAAGCUUGAUAAAUUUUUAACAAAAUUUGUACAUUUUUUAUGGAAGUUACUAGUAAUGCUUUACUAAGUAGUGCAAUGAAUUUUUAUUUUUAAUCCCUGUGCCCAAUUUUGAAGUUGAGAGGGUUGUUGAUUUAAUAAAUGUAUGAUGUAUACUUGC